AUGGCACACAGAAGCGACUUCUCGCUGGCUAUUUGCUGCACAGUGACAGUCCGUGCCUGGUGUCUGCCCUGUACUGCGAAUUGCAAGCACACAACAACGGCAAGGCGAUGUUUGUGCUCUACGAGAACGAGAACUGCAAGGUUCCGACACCGUGCCGCUCGCCCAUACUGCCGUAGCCUGGACUUGCAAAACUUGGCAUCAAUUGCAGCUGCUUCUCUGUUGACCAGCGGGACUUUAGCAGCCGCACGCUCUCGGAGAGGAAGCUUUGGCUUCGUGCUAUCUCCAACAUCAAAGUGA